AUGUCAAGUAAUUCAAGUUCACCUUGUUCGAAAAAGUCAAAAGCAAAGGGAAGACAACCCGAUCUUCGUGAAUUAUUGUUUAAAAGAAUGAAAUCCCAACAAACAUUUAACGAAGGCAAUGAAUCUUCUCCUUUAAGUUCCCCUCUAAGUCCUCCUUUAAGUUCCCCUCCAAGUGAAGAUGUUAAUAUGGAAGUAGGUGGUUCAAGUAGUUGUGAUGAACCAUUGGAUGAUGACUGGGUGUAUGAUGUUGAACUUCUUCCUCAUGACCCGGGAUUGAGGAAAAACAUAAUGGAUUAUCCCCCUAAUGAAAGAAAUCCGGUUAGGAGAGCAUAUAUUCUUAAAAAACCUUGCCAACGCAAAACACAUGAUUUCCCUCAAAGUAAUAUCUCCGAUAGGGAUGUUGAAAUUAACAAGGGGGGUGAUGCAUUUGUUGUUGGAUGGUUUAGAGCGUGGAAUAAACCUGAGAGGCUUGAGAAGCAUGUUGGAGGAAUUAAAAGUGCUCAUAAUAUUGCUUAUGAGAAAUAUGUGAAUCUAAGAGAUUCAAAGAAGACAUCAAUUGAAUUUGUAUUUGAUAAUGCGAGUGAGGUUCAAAUGAAUGAAUAUCAUAUUCGUUUGAAUGCAUCCUUAACUUGUUUGAGAUUUCUUUUGGGCCAAGGUUUGGCAUUCCGGGGACAUGAUGAAAGUGAGGAGUCAUAUAGUAGAGGUAACUUUAUUGAGCUUUUGAAGUGGUUGGGUGGGAAGGUUGAGAAAAUAAGAAAAUAUACUUUCCAAAAUGCACCCAAAAAUUGUCAAUUAACAUCUCCCAAAAUUCAAAAAGACAUUAUCACUUGUUGUGCAAAAGAGACUACUAAGCGCAUAAUAGAAGAGGUUGGUGAUGGUUACUUUUCUAUUUUGGCCGAUGAAUCAAGCGAUGUGUCUCAAAAAGAACAACUAGCUCUUGUUUUGCGGUUUGUUAAUAGAGAAAAUGGAUCGGUAGUGGAACGCUUUUUAGGCAUUCUACAUGUGGGUAAUACUACCGCUUUGUCUCUUAAAAAUGCCAUUAUGUCGUUGCUUAUGGAACAUUCAUUGAGUCCUUCCAUGAUAAGAGGUCAAGGGUAUGAUGGGGCAAGUAACAUGAGGGGUGAAAUCAAUGGCCUCAAGACUUUGAUUAUGAAUGAUAAUCCAAGAGCCUAUUACAUUCAUUGUUUUGCUCAUCAACUUCAACUAACUCUAGUUGCGGUUACUAAAAACAAUGUUAAUUGUACUUGGCUUUUUGACGUACUUGCAAACUUGUUAAAUGUGGUGGGAGCUUCUUGUAAGAGAAGAGACCUUAUUCGAAAACACCAAGCUCAAGUAGUGGCUCAAGCUUUGGAAGUGGGGUAA